AUGGCUGGGCAUUUAAGAGGGAGACGAACUUCCCAAGAGCCAGAGGUCUCCACGAAGGAGUCCUCGCCGGGUUUUUCUCCUUUUGAGUCAGCGUCCUCGGUUACCUCCAUCGAUGGUCCCAAUCCGGCUGUCCUGGUAGGCUAUGCCUGCCGUGUUGCAGGUGCAGACCGGCCCAGCAAGCUCUGGGAAAAUAUCGUCCAGCAGAAGGAUGUGCGAUGCAAAAUGCCCGCGGAUAGGUUCAACGUCGACAACUUCUUUCAUCCAGAUGGCACCCAUAAGGGCACGACCAACGCAAAAUAUGGCUACUAUCUCGAUCAGGACCUGGGUCAUUUUGAUCGAAGUUUCUUCCGGAUCUCAGGCAAGGAGGCCGAGGCAAUGGAUCCCCAACAACGACUGAUCCUUGAGGUGGUUUAUGAGGCAUUGGAAGAUGCCAGAAUUACUUUGGAAGAAAUCAACGGCUCACGCACUUCUGUGCUAUGCGGGUCCUUUACCAAUGAUUAUAAUGCGAUGCUGACCAAAGAUCUCGAACACUAUCCGAGUUACACCGUGACCGGCACGGGCAAUGCUAUCCUGUCGAAUCGUGUCUCCUACGUCUUCAAUCUGCAGGGAAUGAGUCUCACCAUUGAUACUGCCUGCUCCUCGUCCCUGGUGGCCUUUCAUCUGGGAGCACAGUCUGUCCAAAGUGGGGAUUGCGAUACAUCCAUAAUUGUGGGCUCAGCCCUCCAUUUUGACCCAAACAUCUUUAUCACAAUGACAGACUUAGGCAUGCUCUCCGAGGAAGGCCGUAGCCGUGCCUUUGCCGCUGGUGUCAAGGGCUACGCGCGGGGUGACGGUGUCUGCGCAGUCAUACUACGCGGACAGCGACAGGCGGAGCUGCAUGGCGAUGAUAUUCGAGCGGUCGUUCGAGCGACCGGAUCCAACCAUGACGGGACAAAACAGGGCAUCACUCUCCCUUCCGCCGCGGGACAAGAGGAGCUCAUCAGGAAGACAUACCAAUCGGCAGGCUUGGACCCGGCUGACACCACUUACGUAGAAGCCCAUGGAACGGGAACUGGUCGCGGAGAUCCCCUGGAAACGGAAGCCUUGGGGACCGUGUUUGGCUCCAAGCGACGCCAGCAGCCACUAUAUGUGGGCUCGAUUAAGAGCAACAUCGGUCAUACAGAGGGGGCCUCUGGACUGGCCGGCAUUAUCAAGGCCACCAUGGCCCUGGAGAAGGGCCAAAUUCCCCCCAACAUGCAUUUCAAGGUUCCCAACCCCGACAUCAAGUUUGACGAAUGGCAGAUCCAGGUUCCCACUCAGCUGGUUGAUUUUCCCCUCAACGCACACGGUCACCGGCGCGUCAGCAUCAACUCUUUCGGCUAUGGUGGUGCCAAUGCACAUGUCGUACUGGAGGAUUACCGGCCUCACACCAUCCAGGAACGACCGCCUAUAGCUAUCCCAGCCGCCUUCAAGGCGGCGGCGCACGAGCGCCCGUUCCUUGUGCCUUUGACCUCCCAUACGGAUAAAGCUGGGAACCUCUGGACCGAGAAGCUCGUGGAGUAUCUGGACAAACACGAGGGCUGCGAUAUAGCCGACUUGGCCCUAAGUCUGUCCACCUCCCGCUCGAUGCACGCCCAGCGGUCUUAUGCCAUCGGAAAGAAUGUCACCUCCAUCAAGGAUAGCUUGCGCAAAGUGCCGGCCUGGACCAAAGCCAACAAGCAGUCCCCACGACUGGGGUUCGUCUUCACGGGUCAGGGUGCGCAGUGGUACGCCAUGGGUCGCCAGCUAAUGCAGGAAUCUCCAAUCUUCCUUCAGACCCUGCAACGGACGGACCAGGUGCUCAAAGCGCUUCCCGAUGGACCCCAAUGGUCGGUUGUGGAAGAGCUCUCCCGGACCAAGGAGGACUCCCAACUCAAUCAGACUCACCUGUCACAGCCCAUUUGCACCGCUUUACAACUGGCAAUUCUCGAGCUUCUCAAGAGUUGGGGUGUCGAGCCCACCGCCGUUGUCGGACACUCGUCCGGCGAGAUGGGCGCCGCUUAUGCAGCUGGCAUUCUCUCCUUCGAAAGCGCCAUGUACGCCGCGUACUACAGGGGGCUCCACAUGUCCAGUGGCGCUGCACAGGCCGGUCCAGAUGCUGUUCCUGGAGCCAUGAUGGCCGUUGGUCUGGGUGAGACAGAGGCCCUGGCUGAGUUAGAGGCCUACAAGGGCAGAGCUGUCAUUGCCGCCGUGAACAGCCCGUCCAGUGUCACCUUGUCCGGCGAUGAGGAUGCCAUUAUCGAAGUCCAGAAGAACCUGGAAGCCCGCAAAAUCUUCGCCCGCCGCUUGCAGGUCGCGCAGGCCUUCCAUUCUCACCACAUGUUCCCUCUGGCCCCAGCCUACGCCAAGGCACUGAAUGACUGCCCGGGCUUCUCGUCGCAGCCCUCCGAUAAGGCCCGCAUGUUCUCCAGUGUGACGGCGCGCGUAGCCGAUGCCGAUCAGAUGGGAGCGGAGUACUGGACGUCCAACAUGACAGGGACCGUGCGCUUUUCUGAUGCCCUGGUGGGUAUUCUGUUGGACGACUCGGAGAAUCAGAAUGUGGAUGUGCUGGUGGAAAUCGGACCCCAUCCAGCCCUCAAGGGGCCGGCCCGGCAGGUGAUGAAGAGUCUGAACAUGGACCUGCCCUAUUUCGCUUCCCUCACGCGUGGCACUCCCGACUACGACGGCAUCCUUGGGCUCGCCGGGCAACUCUUCCAGGUUGGCUAUCCAGUGGACUUGCCAGCUGUCAACAGCGAUGCCUACCUGUCCGAGUCGGGUCUUAUCGGCAUCUCGCCUCGAGGCCGUCGCCUGAAGGACCUCCCCAGCUAUGCCUGGGAUCACUCCGAGCGCUACUGGGCAGAAACCCGAUUGAUCCACAACCACCGACUGCGCAUACAUCGCCACAGUCUGCUGGGUCAUCAGAUGGCCGGUUCCAUCGACAACCACGUACGGUGGCGCAACUAUCUGCGUCUGCGCGAGCUGCCGUGGCUGGCAGAUCAUGUCAUCGACGGCAAGGUGCUCUUCCCGGCGGCAGGCUACAUGAGUCUGGCCUUCGAGGCUGUGGCGCGCACCCGCGGAGGCAUUCAGCCGGCGCAAGGGUUUGCCUUGCGCAACGUGUCCAUCAAGGCGGCGUUGGUGCUCGACGACUCGGACAUGGGCACGGAAUUGAUCGUGGACCUGCAACCCCAGGUCACCUCCGCCAUGUCACGAUCCGAUACUUGGUACGAGUUCAAGAUAUUCUCUUAUGACAACCAGUACAACUGUACGGAGCAUUGCUCGGGACUGGUGGCCGUCGACCAACCGUCCACUAUCCUCGCCGCCCCCGAUCGCGACCAGCGCCUGAAAAGCAGCACAGCCUCUGCGCCUGUCAGUCGCUAUUAUCGCCAUCUCAGCGACAUCGGCCUGCAGUAUGGGGACGAGUUCCGCUUGUUGACCGGCAGCAUCGAAUCCGGGCCCGGCUUUGCCUGCGCCAGCCUCACUUUCAGUCCGGAUCAAUAUGCGCAGCAACCAGCGGAUGUGACCUUUGUGCAUCCCACGAUGCUGGAUGCCACCUUCCACACUAUCUUCCCGGCUCUGGAGCAAGUUCUGGGUCAUGACCUGGAUUCCGCCUUUAUUCCUACCUUCGUGGAGAGCUGCCACAUCUACCCGACCAUGCUGACCCUUAAGGAUGCUGUCGGGCCGCAGGAGGUGUGGGUGGACACCGCAACGCAGCAGUCGGGCUUCCGCGCGGCCAUCAGCCAGCUGCACGUCGAGAUGGCGGCCACUGGCCAGCCGCUUCUGGCCUUCUCAGGCCUGCGGGUGACUUCGCUCGGCAGUGGCAACGAUUCCAAUGACCGGUCUUUGUUCUUCCGUACACGCUGGCAGGUUGCCUUCGAUCAGCUCAGCCCUGAUACCCCCCGGCUGGCAAAGACUUCUCGGGCGGAACUGGUCGACAUGUUUGUUCACCAGCAUCCCAACACCGAGAUUCUCCAUGUCACCAAUGGGGUCGAGGAGACGGAGCAAGUUCUUCAGGCCCUGAGUGGCCCCAGCCAAGAGCGACGCCGAAUCAAAUCACUCACCCCCAUCACUGCGGAUGGGGGCUGCUCAGCAGGCGAAGCAUGGGGGCAGCUCGCCGGCCGAUGGCCAGGACUGGUUCUUCUGGAGGAGCCAACUGAGCAGGUUUACGACCUCGCCGUUAUUACAGCGCCCACAUCACGCAGUGUGGUGCCCUUCCUCAAGCAAAACGGCCAGGUGAUUGCGCCCCUAGGGUUCUCGGAGCCCCAGCUUGAGAGGCGUCUCCAGACUGACCAGGCUUCAGUCUGGAAGACAGCUACGACCGCUCCUGAUGAAUCCAGUUUCAGGUCACUGGUGAUCGUCCAUGCAUCUCCCCCCUCCAGCCGGACGGUUGAUCUCAUCUCCCGCCUCGGGGCCUCCCUGAAACAUCGCCCGACCUCCUGUAUAGGGUUCAACGAGGUAUCCAAGAUGUCACUUGUAGACGCUGAUGUCGUUGUUUUGGCCAGCUUGGACAGCGCUCUGUUCAUGAUGCGGGAUUCCACCAGCGAAUCUGUGUUUGAUGCAGCACGAGCCUUGCUACUACGGCCCCAGCUCAACCUUGUAUGGCUCCUUGAAGGUGCCACUGACCAAGUGCCCGAGAACCCGGUGAGCGCCAUGAUCAUCGGCCUGAUGCGCGUGGCCCGCAUCGAGAAUGAAGGAUCCCGCAUUGUCACCUUGGAUGUGCCAGUUAAAUCUUCUCCCAAUUCUGUGGUCCCAAUCAUUACGCAACUGCUGAAUCGCGACAUUGUAGACGAGGAAUGGUCCCUGCGCGAGCACACCCUUUUUAUCCCACGCAUCGAAGCCGAUGAUGCACUGAAUGCCAAGGUUCGUGGCGGUGUCAGUUCAGGGCCGAAGCUGGAGUCGUUCAGCAGACAGCGUCCGAUCAAGCUGACCGUCGGUCAAGUGGGCCGGUUGGAGAGCUUGGUCUGGGAAGACGACGAUGAGAUGCUGCAGGAUAACUUAGGGCCCGAUGAGGUCGAGAUCGAAGUCAAGGCCUCCACGGUGUCAGCCCGUGAUGUCGCGGCCGCCACGGGUGCCAUUGACGACUAUCGCCUGGGCGAUGAAUGCGCCGGUCUGGUGCGACGCGUAGGGAACCUCGUGGAUCCGACCAAGUUUCAGCCGGGCGACAAGGUGCUGGCCAUUCGCCCGGGUCAAGGGGCGCAUCGCUCGGUCGUCCGCAAUCCAGCCUCGUGGUGCUUCCGACUGGGACCUAUGCCCUUCGAGGACGCGGCAGCUCUGCCCCAGAUCCUGGUCACCCCUUACUAUGCAUUGAUCAAAAUCGCCCGCCUGCAAGCCAAGGAAAGCGUGCUGAUUCAUGCCGCGGGCAGUGGGGUGGGCCAGAUGGCCGUCCAAAUUGCCCAGAUGGUGGGCGCCAGUAUCAUCGCCACUGCCAGCUCAGAGGCGGAACGCGCCCUAUUAACCAAGCGAUACGGACUGUCAGCAGAUCGGAUAUUUUCGUCGCAGGACCUCAGCUUCGUGGAUGGGGUGCAGAAGCUGACCAGCAGCCGCGGCGUGGACGUCGUUCUGAAUAGUCUCACGGGCAAGCUGCUGCAUGGAUCCUGGCGUUGUGUGGCCGCAUUUGGCCGGUUCGUGGAGAUCGGUACGCACGACAUCCGGGAGAAUGCCAUGCUGGAAAUGGCACCUUUCCAGCGCAAUGUCCUAUUUGCGGCCAUUGACUUGGUGAAUCUGUAUGCCACCGACCAGGCCCUUGGGGCCCGUCUCUUCCAAGAGGUCUGUGACUUGUGUCAUGUCGGCAAGCUGGGGCUCCCCGAAACUAUCCGGGGCGUGUCUUAUUCCGACGCCCCUCAAGCCUUCCGUCUCGUGCAAACCGGGGAGCACAUUGGCCAAGUGGUACUGGUCGCUCGCGAAGACACGCAGGUGCCCGUCAGGCCUGCCACCUGGAGUCGGCGCGCCAACCAGUUCCACCCAGAUAAGACCUACCUGCUGGCAGGAGGUCUGGGAGGGCUGGGCCGCACCUUGGCGGAGUGGAUGCUGCAACGCAACGCUAAGCAUUUGGUCUUUCUGUCGCGGUCUGGCGAGUCUCGCGCUGAGGCCAAGGCCACCGUAUCGUGGCUGCGGGCACACGGUAUUGACGUGACCGUGUAUAAGGGGGAUGUGGCCAAUCCGGCCGAUGUGCAAGCCUGUGUUGGUGGAAUUAGCAACCUGGGUGGAGUCUUCCAUGCGGCCAUGGUGCUGGCUGAUGCCGCAUUGGAAAACAUGACUUACGCGCAAUGGCAUCAGUGCGUACAGCCCAAGGUGGUUGGCGCCUUCAACCUCCACCAGGCCACCAAGAGCCUGCCCCUGGACUUCUUUGUGACAUUUUCCUCGGUUUCGGCCUGCUUUGGCACGCGGUCCCAGAGCAAUUACGCUGCAGCCAACACCUAUCUUGAUGCUCUGAUGCGGUACCGACGCCAGAUUGGGCUGCCUGCUUCCACGAUGAACUGUGGUCGCAUCACUGGCAUGGGUGUCGCUGCCGAGGCAGCGGCCUUGGAGCGAUUCAUGGAGCAAGAAGGUUUUGACGGCGUCAACGGUCAAGAGCUGAUGCAGCAAGUCGAAGAGGCUGUGUUCGGGGAUGGCCAGUCCCAAGUGGUCUCCGAUCGGGGCGUUGACCUCUAUCAGACAAUAACCGGAGUCAUCCUCACGCGUGACGACGUGUAUUGGGCCGCCCAUUCCCUUUUCAAGAACCUCUAUCAGAACCAUGACUUCGAUCGGCAUUCAGGCCAGAAGCCUGGAGAAGUCAGCUUGCCCGUUCUUUUCGCGCAGACUACAGACCCGGAACAGCGGGCUGGUCUGUUGCUGGAGCGCUUUGUCGAGAAGCUGGCCGUCUCUCUGGGAGCCAGCAAGGAGUCGCUGAAACCGGCGGAUCCCAUCUAUGGACUCGACUCGUUACUGGCGGUCGAUCUGCGCAACUGGUUUACCAAGACCCUGGGCGUCGACGUCGCUUUAUUCGAUGUGAUGGGGGCUCCGUCCAUUCGUGUUUUGAUCGAGAAGGCCGUGCGCCUGUACGGCGAGUCGGAGAAGAAGACUGGCCAGUCCGCGCCCAAGAAGGCCGAUAACGCUGCUGCUUCUGCAUCCUCAAGCUCGUCCCCAGGAAGCAGCGACAAGGUCACCACCAUCGGCAUCCCUACGGCAGAUGUGUCGCGUCCUUUGCCUUUGUCCACCUUCCAGCACCGUCUCUGGUUCGCCCAUAGCUUUGCCGAUGACAAAUCCUUCCUGAAUAUUCCAGUGACCAUGCACCUGCGCGGGACCCCGGAUCUCUCUCUCGUCCGUCAAACGCUAUUCGAACUGCAGACAAGAAACCCAAUCCUCCGCACGGCCUACCAGGAGGGAGACGAGUAUGCGGAGCAGACGGUCCUCCCUCCCUCUCCGUUGACGGUCAAGUUCCGGGAUGUGUCUGCUGCAGAAAACCCAACAGAAGCCCUCCAAGCCCUGGUCUCCACGCUGAAGCGCAUACAGCUGAACAUUGAAAUCGGCCAGCUGAUCGAUGCCACCCUCGUCAAGGUGACACCAGGAAACUAUGCACUGGUGCUCAUAAUGCACCACAUCUGCACUGACCGCGCCAAUACCGAUCCCCUCCUCACGCAGAUAUCGACUUUGUAUGAUACCCUGCGCAGUGGCCGGAGUCUCAAUUCCCUGCCUGCCCCGAAGAUCAAUUAUGCCGACUUCACUCUGUGGCAUAAUCAGCUGCUCGAGUCCGAGUCGAUGGCAUCCCAUAUUGACUACUGGCGACGCACGCUAGCCGGCAUUCCUGUCGCCAGUCCUCUGCUCCCCUUCGCCUUGACCGAACGCCCCGCGGUCGACGAUUACUCGCGCGAGAAGCUCGCCGUCCAGAUUGAUGCAUCUCAACUCAAGCGAAUCAAGCGAAUCUGCACUCAGGCCCAGAGCAGUCCCUUCCAGUUCAUCUUUAGCGCCUUCCGGGCCUUCCUCUACCGCUUCACCGAAGAUCCGGACCUGACCAUGCUGAUGGUAGAUGGCAACCGGCCACACGCAGAGUUCAGUGACUUGUUAGGCUUCUUCGUAAACAUGGCUCCCAUCCGAUGCCAGGAUCCUUGCGUGGGUACCUUUGAGCAGCUGCUUCGCACCAUGAGCGGGCGCAUCCGUGAAGCCAUGUCCCACAGCAUGGUUCCCUUCGAUGUGAUUGUCAGCGAGACCAAGGUCCCCCGGAGCCUAGGACAUUCUCCGUUGGGUCAGGUGAUGGUCAACUACCAGCAGCCUGAGGGCCAGGCCGUUUAUCAAGCCGGCGACUUUGUUUUGCACAAGCUCGAGGCUGAGAACAUGCCUUCGGCCUGUGAGCUGAGCCUGGAGGCGCGCGAAGAUGCAGAGCACAUGCUGCAACUGCAGCUGGAAUACUCUACCACCCUGUACGGAGCGGAAGACAUGCAGCGCUUCUUUGAGAAUUUCCACACCUUCUUGUGCUCCCUCAUCCAGGACCACCGCCAGCCUAUUCCGAGUGUUUCUCUUGCCGGCGCAAGUGAAAUCGAGCGGCUGAGCGUCCAAUUUUGGAAUCACCCGCUGCGGCCCCAUAGCUGGCAGGACACUUCGAUCAUUGGAAGAGUGCUCGGCUUUGCCGACACCCAACCAACGGCUGUGGCGGCGAGCACAUCCGAGGGCGAGAGCAUCACCUAUCGGGAUCUCGUGUUUGCGGCCCGGCGCCUGGCUUUCUCGCUGCAAGAUGCAGGCAUUCGUCCAGGACAACAUGUGGCCAUCCUGGCGGAACCCGGCAUCCCCUUCGUGGUCUCCAUGCUCGGUAUAUUGUUCAACCGCUGCGGGUACCUGCCCAUGGACUCGACUAUGGCGGUAGGUCGCUUGGCAUUCAUUGCGGAUGACUCUGAAAUGGGAUUGUUGCUCUUUGAUGAGGCCUGUCGCGGACUGGCAUCCCAGGUCCGGGCCCAAAGUCAGGGACCUUAUGCCCUGUUGAGUAUCCGCGAUGCCACAGCCACCUGCGUCCUGUCUGAUGUGCAUCAUCCCCUUCCCAGCGACCCGUGCUACAUGUUGUACACCUCGGGUAGCACUGGAACUCCCAAAGGCGUCCGCCUGUCCCAGACAAACCUCCUUGAAAUGCUUGCAGCCGCACAGCAACACUUUGAUUUCAAUUCGAGAGACCGGUUCCUACACCAGAUCUCUCCCUCAUUCGAUCUAUCUGUAGGAGAGCUAUGGUGGGCCCUGACAGCAGGAGGGCAGCUCUGCAUUGCCACCAAGGCUACACGCCGCAACCCCGUACAGCUGGGUGACUACAUCCGCGAGUCCGCCGUGACCUUCACUUACUUCACGCCGACCCAGUUGGCCCUCGUUCUUGAGCACAAUGGCGCCGCCCUAGCCGCAAAUCCCAACUACCGUAUCUCUCUGCUCUGUGGCGAGCGAUUGCCCGCGCGCCUGGCCGACGCCUUUCACAAAUUAGGCACCUCGGCCACGCUGUACAACUGCUGGGGACCCACCGAAGCCGUGGUCCAGACGACCAUCCAUCGCUGCGACGGACCGAUGGCAGAGCAGCUCAACAUCCCCAUCGGCUAUGCCCUCGGCAACUGCCGUCAUUACAUCGUCGACGCCACCAUGAACCCGUUACCGCCGGGAUUCGUGGGCGAGAUCUGCAUCGGCGGUCCGCAAGUGGCCCAGGGCUAUUGGAAUCGUCCCGAGGUUAACCGUAAGCAGUUUGUGCGCAAUCCCUUCUGCAGCCUCGACGAUGAGGAGCGUGGCUGGACCAUGCUCUUCCGUACGGGUGAUCGUGGUCGGUUCUUGCCCGACGGCCAACUAGAAUUCCUGGGCCGCAUCUCGGGUGAUAAGCAGGUCAAGCUGCGCGGGCUGCGCAUUGAUCUCGGGGAGAUUGAACAUGUCUUGCAUCGCGAAUCCUCUACCUCUGAGGGACAGGGAAUCGUUGAUCUGGCUGUCGUGGCCCGGACGGAGGACGAGGACCCAGCUUCCCUAACGGAUGAUCGACAGCUGAUAGCUUUCGUCGUGCCCAAGAAACCCCUGCCCACCAACCACGAAAAGGCCGCAUAUGCUGUGCUUCUGCAGGCACGGGCCAAGGGUUCCUUGAACGAUUACAUGCUGCCCAGUGCCUACCAGUUCCUCGACGCUCUUCCAACCACCACCAGUGGUAAAACCGACCGACGUAGUCUACUUACAUGCCCGGUCGAGUUGACUCGUCCGAUCCAAAAAGCAGCGGACAGUUCAGCCUCCUCUUCCGCCAGCCCGACGGCCUCUGGUCAGACAAAGCAAUCGGCUCCGCAGAAGGGACAGCCAGAGACCCUCGACGCGGUCCGCCGUGCGUGGCAGGCCAUAUUAAAGCUAGACGCGCCACCUGACCCCACUAGCCACUUCUUCCAGAUGGGAGGCCAGAGUCUGCUUUUCCUACGUCUACAAGGCAGACUGAGAAGGGAAUACCCAGUGACACUAAGCCUGCAGGACAUGAUCCAAGAACCUACUCCCAAGCACAUUGCCGACUUGAUCGACCGACAGCUCCGUGGAGCAGAGGCCCCCAGCCAAGAAGGGACGAAGAACGACGACGACAAGACCAAGCCAAAGAAGUCCAUGAGCAGUCACAGCGCAGAAGCCAUUGAUUGGACUGCAGAGACAACCCUUCCCAUGGAUGAUCGCUUUCAUCCUUCCGAAUCUCAUCCUCCUGCAGCCGUGACCAACCUCCUACUGACCGGUGCCGAUAGCUUCUCGGGUGUCCAUCUACUAGCCCAUAUCCUUACCCAGCGGCCCGGUGUGACUGUCUACGUGCUGGGCAGCUAUUCUCCGCUCGAUCAUGGACAGAUUUUCCAGAAGUUCAUGGAGUACAAGCUGCUGAAUGGGGCCCUCACUCCGGAGCGCAUCCUGACAGGCAUCCAAGUCGUUCCCGGAUUCCUAGCCCAUGAAUCCCACUUUGGCCUCGCUGCUGCCGACUUCCAACGCCUUGCCAUCUCUAUUCAUGCGAUAUACCAUCUGGCCUCCGAGGUGUCGCUGCUCAAGACAUACCAUGAUCUCAAGCACCUCAACACGACUUCAGCGCUUACCCUCAUCGAGCUGGCUAAUCUGGGGGCCCGGGGCAGCCGUAUUCAUUACCUGUCCACCUGGAGUGUUCCCCAUCUGCAAUCCUGGGAGCAGUCGCAGCGCAAUUUCUCCAGCAUCCAAAUCGAUGAAAUCAGUCCCAUCCACUUCGCUCCUCCUGCGACCGUUGACAAUGGCUACUUCAAGACCCGCUGGGCUACGGAGAUGCUCCUCACGCGGGCCGCUGCGCGUGGGUUCCCUGUCACCAUCUACCGUUCGUCUGCCAUCUCGGGCAACACCGUGACUGGCGUCCCUUCCUCUGACCAGGACAUCGUACGUGGUAUGGUUAUGGACAUGGUGCGUCAUGGGGUCGUCCCUCAGGCUGGCACGUCCGAUGUUCCUUUCGUGGUCGAUUUCAUUCCCGUCAACUAUCUCGCGGACGUAUUGGGACAUCUAACCGCGGUGCACGACACCACUCGACCCGCCGGACUAGAGGUCCUCCACAUUACCAACCCCAAGCCCCUCUCGCUCGACCAACUGCCUCGCCUGGCAGCAGCCAUUCGAGGUGACGGUCACAGUGCUCGCUCCGUGAGCGUGGAGGGCUGGCUCGAGGCGCUGGAGCAGGCAGUCGGCGAAGAUGAGCAGCUACGUCUCGAGACUUUGCGAAACUAUUUCCUCAAUGGACAUAACAUGUUUGCUCUAAAUUGCCGCAAGGCAAAUGCCUUACUGGCACAGAAGAAGGAUCUUGUGGCUUGCCCCCCUGUGGAUGGAAAUUAUUUGAGAGACUUGUGGAUGGGGAUUGCGUAGAAG